AUAAGUACGAGUGACAGUAGCGAACAACAAAUGAAUGUUGUGGUGGGACGUGGGGCUGUAGUUGUUAUAUAGAUAUGCAUAGAACGAUGAUUAAUAACUGUACACAUUUGACAUUAAUAUGGCUAGGAUUAGGAACUGCAUUUGAUCGUAACAACGCAUUUUUGUCAAAGUAUUCGCAGUGUGAUUAUGGUUUUUAAAUAAAAUGUACGCUACAGAUGACUGACUACUGCAGCUUCAUCCAGUUUACUCUUGUUUACGUUUAACCUGUACAGAAAAUCUAAUACGCUUGUCAAGCAAACUUACAGUGACAAUCAUUGAAAGCAGUACCGAAAUUUAAACGAAAUUUUCAUAAAAAAUGUAUUUAAUGGACCUUAUGUGAUAAUUUAUUAGUCAAGGUUACCUAUAUUUGUAUUCUAUCGGAGUAUAUACUGAUUCAUACAUCAAUUCUCAUAAUUUAUUCAUUGUCCUUUUAUGAACUUUCAAUGGCAGUAUGUAACUUGUCAGCUGAUACGCAUAGAGCCUAAGUACUAUGUUAUUGAUUGUUCAAGAUUCAGAAGUGUUUAAAAGGAACUAGUCACUUGGAGAUCAAAAUGAGAAACGGAAUCAGAAUAUUUAGGUUACUUUUACAGAAAAAUCUCAUUGUACGAAUAAGACAUUGGAAAACAGCAAUAUUUCUACAGUGUCUGGUACCUAUUGCCUUGUUUGUACUAAUACAGGCUGUAAGAGAUUUUAGUGUUCAGCCACCACGUGUAAUUCACGAAAAUACGUAUUACCCAAUUGAAACCAAAAACGAAUUCUCACCAGUAAACAGAAUUUUUACUUACUUAUAUUAUGUACCUCAGAAUGACUACACAACAAACAUUAUGGAAGAUAUACGCAUGUGUUUCAAAAUGCCGUAUGAGAGGGUUAGCGGAUUUUCAACAGAAGAUGAUAUGAUAAAGGCUUAUACAGUUUUACAAGCUAAAACUCCAACUGUCAUAGUUUUAGGCCUUGUAUUUGAAAAAUACAAUACAACCGAUAUAAGGUACAAAAUUAGACAUGCAUUUCAAAUUCCAGAGAUGCUAUUUCAAACUAUAUUCGAUCAAGGGUCAUUUAAUUCUUACAAUAUAUAUUUAAAUGCCAUACCAUUUGUACAAUUACAAGUAUGUACCGACGAAGCUUUUAUAAACCGCACAGCAGUACAUUCUAUGCUUGAUACUCAGUUGUCAAUACAAAGAAUGCCUUAUCCGCCAUAUGUUAAAAUAGAUGAUGCUGAUACAAUGUUAAGGGUAGGAAUAUGUAUGUUUGCAGUAAUUGCUUUUUUAAUACCACUUUGCUUGGAAACAAGCUAUGCGACAAAGGAAAAAUACAUUGGAGUACAUGUGUUGAUGGCAAUGAAUGGAGUAAAACAGUAUCAGAAUUUAUUAAGUUGGUUGAUCACAGGCAUUAUAUUCAGUAUUUUUUAUAUUAUACCAAUACUAAUAUUAUUUAAAAAUACUUUUACUGGAAAUGUGGACCCCUACUUGUAUUACAGCAAUACAUUCAUAUUUUGGCUAAUACUCACAGCACAUGUUGCUCAUUUAAUAUCAUUUGGUAUGCAUAUUGCUGCGUAUUUUUCAAAACCACGUUUUGUGACAAUAACAUUAUCAGUUGUUUACACUGCUUCUUUUUCACUUCAUGGAAAUUUAAUAAGGCAACAAGUUCUUUCUAUCAUACCAUAUUUGGGAAUAUUGUUUCCGAAUAUGUUACUCUAUAGAUUCCUUGAAGAGGUGAACACAUACGAAACCCAGUUAACUGGUGUACGAUGGUCGAACAUGUUCAUUACUGGAGAUGCACAAUACAGUAUUGCUGGAUGCACUGGAUUUAUAUUUAUAUUUUCAAUUUUGGGCAUUUUUAUACACUUUUGUCUUGCAGUAUAUGUAAAUAACAUACUUCCAGGAAAGUAUGGAGUUCGAAAAUCUCCUCUUUACUUUUUAACGUUUAUUAGGAAGAAUAAAGUGAAUCUUGACGAGGAUAUGGAGGAUUUUGAUUAUACUGAAAUAGAUAAUGACAAUUUUGAAACAGUAUCAAAAGGUGUACUUACUCCUGGAAUUCAGAUACGCAAUCUUAAAAAAACAUACAGAUCAAGUUUCUUAAGGAAAUCGAAAGUUCACGCUUUAAAAGGAAUUUCGAUGGAUUUAUAUAAAGGUCAAAUAACAGCCUUAUUGGGCCAUAAUGGUGCUGGAAAAACUACGCUGAUGUCUAUCCUAACAGGUGUUAUAAGUGCAACUGAGGGGAAAAUUCUUAUAGAUGGUAAAAAUAUUGAGAAACACUUAGAAUCCAUUAGAAAUGAUCUGGGAUUAUGUCCACAAGAGAAUAUGAUUUUCCCAGAUUUGAAUGUAUUCGAGCAAUUAGAAUUCUUUGGUCAAUUGAAAAGUAAAAAUAAAACAAGGAAUGAAAUAAAACAGAAUGUUAAUGUUUUGCUUGACAAAUUAAAAAUGCUUGAAAAAAAGAAUGUUCUGCCAGACACAUUAUCUGGAGGACAAAAGAGAAGGCUGUGCCUUGGGAUGGCUCUUAUUGGUGACGCUAGUACUAUAAUUUUGGAUGAGCCGACAUCAGGAAUGGAUCCUGAGACUAGAAGAGAUAUAUGGGACGUCAUAUUAAAAAUAAGAGGAAGGAAAACAAUAUUAAUUAGUACACAUAAUAUGGAAGAGGCUGAUAUACUUGGUGAUAGAAUCGCUAUUGUUCAUGGCGGCAAAUUAAAAUGUUAUGGCACAUCGAUGUUUUUAAAGAAGCAAUAUGGCUAUGGUCAUAUAGAAGUUACGCUAUCAACUAAAUCAUGGUGUAAUCCAGAGAAAGUCAUAAACAAGUUUGAUCCUAGAACGCAGCAAGUAAGCGUAGACAGUGAGAAGAUUAUCUUAAGUGUACCAAAUACUGAAACUUUACCACAAUCUUUGGAUAAAGUGGAAAAUCAAAAGAAGCAAAUAGGAGUUACAGGAAUCAGUGUAUCGCUAAUUACCUUAGAAGAAGUGUUUUUAAAAGUCAUCAAAAAGGAAGACAAUGGAAAACACCUGAAUGAAUUAUUUUCUCCGCCGUCGCAAAGAAUAGAUGGAUGGAAUUUAUCUAUACAAAGAAUUUUAGCACUGUACCAUAAGAAACUGACCUACACUAAGAAAAACUUAAGUAACACAUUACUAACAAUAUUUCUACCAAUUUUGUCAAUCGUACUAAUGGGUUUAAGUUACGACACACCCGGUGAAUCGACAAAUAUAUUUCCAUUAGAGCUUAGUAUGUACAGACGGCCUCAAGUUUUGUAUUCAAGUAAAAACGAAACUAUUGGUAUGCAAUACCAGAAUGUGGUGGCAGAGUUUGGUGGAUCUUCGGAAGAAGUGGCUGAUAAUACCAGUGUUACGAGUGCUUUAUUGGAUCGUUCUCUUCAAGAUAUCGCCAAGUACCGUAAUAGGUACAUCGUCUCUGCGGAAUUUAAUAUAUCCAACGGAGUUUUAAAUGCUAAUGGCUUGUAUUCUGGCAUUGCAAUUCAUAGUAUUCCUUUGACUGUGAAUCUUUUAUCGAAUGCGUUGAUAAGAAGUGCUGCUGGUAGCGAAUAUUCCAUUCAUGUUUCCAGCCAGCAGUUUCCAAACAGUCUUUCUUCGACAGUAUUACCUGUGCCUGAAACGGAGUCGUUGUCAAGAGUUUUAAUGUUUUGCUGCUUUUUCUUCCCCACUGUAGCACUUUUUCUUGUUCAUCCCUUUCAAGAAAGAGAAACUAAAAUGAAACAGCUUCAAAGAAUGACGGGAGUUUCGUCCGUAUCUUAUUGGUGCACUAUGUUCACGUUUGAUUUAAUAAUACUUACUGCGUCCGUACUUAUUAUCGUACUAGGAUUUUACGCCAUGGAUGUUAUUUUAGAUAUUCGUCUGUACUAUAAGAUAGAAAUAUUGACAAUGAUAUUAUUAAUACUGCUUUUUGGUAUCAACUCUUUAUUUAUAACGUAUAUCUUCAGUUUCUUGAACAAAUCAAGAAGUUCCUUAGUAACCACAUUGAGUCUUAUGCCUGUUGGACUAGUUCUGUUACAGUAUCUCUUGCAUGAGGUUAUUCACAGUUUUGAAAACUUGCGUGUCCUAUACCUAAUACAAAAGAGACUGUUCCGGUUGAUACCGCACGUGAGCCUAUUCCAUGGUCAAUUAUCUUUCUUCGACGUGGCUAUACAAAACGCAAGAUGUCGUCGAUUACCAGACCGACUGCUAGAUGUAGUUUGCAUUGGUGUGAAAGAUGUUUGUUGUGGUUUGGAAUGCGCUAACGGAAACUGCAAAAAUCAACUUCCUUAUUUUUCUAAUCAGAACAGCGACAUGAACUUGUUGGAAUGUGUUAUAUAUUUAUCUGUCACGCCAUUCAUAUAUUUCAGCCUGCUUAUAAUUUUAGAAGAAAGAUUAUUUGACAAAUUAUAUAUCAAGAUGUUUGGUCAGAAUUUGAGGAACGCGUGUGAAAUGAACGACGACCAAGUACGGAAGGAGAAGAAUGCUGUAGCGUUAGAGAUCAGGAAACUGACCAGACGCGUAGCUGAAGGUCAGAGGUAUGAAGAUACUAAAAAGGAACCUGCUGACAUCACUCUCACAGAGAGUCCAGAAAAAAGCGAUGAUAAUCUCUUCUUGGUUUACGAGCUGAGUAAAUAUUAUGGGAGGUUAAUGGCGGUACAGGAAAUCAGUUUCCGAGUGAAGCAACGCGAAUGCUUCGGAUUGCUUGGCGUCAACGGCGCUGGAAAGAGUACAACGUUUAGGAUGUUGACCGGUGAAGAAAUACCGAACAGUGGUACCAUGUAUUUAGGCAAAUCAGAUAUUCGUACUAACAGGAAAAAUUAUCUUGCUCAGAUGGGAUACUGUCCACAAACCGAUGCGAUGCUCAGUUCUUUGAAUUCAUUUGAUCAUCUGCGGCUGUUUGCUUUGUUGCGUGGCAUACCCAAAUCGAAAGUGGAUUUGGAGGUUAACAAAUGGAUCAAUCGACUCAAUUUAAAUGCUUGCAUGUCACAACCAAGCGGUACCUACAGCGGAGGGAAUAAAAGACGCUUGAACAUUGCAAUGGCGCUUAUCGGUAAUCCAACUCUUGUUUUGUUGGAUGAACCAACGACAGGCGUCGAUCCAGCGGCUAGGAGGUCUCUAUGGAAUAUACUUCAGUCUUGCCAAGCAAUGGGACAAGCUAUUAUACUUACUUCUCACAGCAUGGAGGAGUGCGAAGCUUUGUGCAACAGACUAGUCAUUAUGGUGAAAGGUCAAUUGGUAUGCAUCGGUGCCAGUCAAGAAUUGAAGCAACGAUUUGGCGCCGGUUACGAUAUUCACAUUAAAUUGAACCCGAGUCGAUCGGACGACGACAUCAGCACUAUAAAGAGAAUUAUGGAAACCUCUUUACCGUGUGAAGUUAGAGAUGAGAAUUUGGGAUUUAUCGCGUAUCACAUAAAUGAUAUUGGAACAACGUGGGAAAAAAUGUAUAAUACGAUGAACGAUUUAAAAGGUCGAUUCAACUGCGUCGAGGACUACGCCGUUUUGUCGGCCACGUUAGAGCAGUUGUUUAUUCAGUUCGCCAGAGGAAACGAACAGCCUAACCACGAAAAUACUUUAGUAGAUUCUCCACAGCAGACACAUAUUACAUAAAUAAUAUUUUGAUAGUAUUUCAAAUUUGCUUUUUAAACUAUUUCCUUAAAGGCUUUUCAUGUGUUUGUUUAUAAAGUUAUUAAACAAACACACUUGUGUUGUGUUCUAUAUUUAUAUGUGAUGUUAUGAUAACAAAUGUGUACAUUUCCAAUUUAAAGAGAAAGUAUUAUAUAUAAAUGUAAUUUUAUUUAUUUUUUAAAGACUUGUAUCGCGAAUUGUAACGUGACUUGUGUCACGUCGUUGUAUGUAAAUAAAAUUCAGAUCUAAAUCAA